AAUAAAUCCGUGCUCCAGCCACGCUACCUCGCAGUAUCUUCUAGACAGUAUGGCUGUGCCCGGCGGAGGAUCGGUGAAGGAGGUGAAAUCCAUGGCGGAACUUGACAACACCGUCGGUGAGGGUGUCCCGGUGAUUCUGCACUUCUGGGCUUCGUGGUGUGAUGCCUCCAAGCACAUGGAUCAAGUGUUCUCGCAUCUCUCCACAGAUUUUCCUCUCGCGCGCUUUCUUAGGGUACACUUUCUCCUCACUUCUGUUCCUUACUCCAUGUAUAUUGCUAUAUCCUCCACUUGUACUGCUCUUUAUCCUUCUGAUUCUGAAAUUGAAACGAUUCCCUCAAUUUUUGUUCGAGGGUAUAGGAAAAUGUGCUAUCCUGAGGUAGAGGCUGAAGAACAACCUGAAAUUUCUGAGAAAUACUCGGUUUCUGCUGUGCCCUUCUUUGUAUUUUUCAAGAAUGGCAAGAUGGUCGAUACACUGGAAGGUGCGAACCCUUCCAGUCUGGCCAACAAGGUUGCUAAAGUUGCAGGGUCGAUCAAACCUGGAGAACCCGCAGCCCCCGCUAGCCUCGGGAUGGCCGCUGGCCCCACAGUUCUCGAGACUGUUCAACACCUGGCACAAGAAAACAGUGCAUCUCAGAAAACCAUCCAAACUGCUUCUCCCAGUGCAGAUAAUAAUAAUAAUAAUAAUGCCCUGACAGAUAGACUCCACAAGCUAGUCACCUCUCAACCAGUCAUGCUCUUCAUGAAAGGUAGCCCAACGGCCCCCAAGUGCGGGUUCAGCCAGAAAGUAGUCGAUAUACUGAAGAAAGAGAAUAUUCCAUUUGGAAGCUUUGAUAUCCUGACAGAUAACGAAGUCCGUGAGGGGCUCAAGAAAUUCUCAAACUGGCCCACAUUCCCCCAACUCUACUGCAACGGGGAUUUGCUCGGUGGCUGUGACAUAGUGAUUGCAAUGCAGCAGAACGGGGAGCUCAGGGAUAUCUUCCGUGACCAGGGAAUUCAAGAAAAUAAUUCAGGCGGGCCCAAGCCCGAAAGUGGGAAGGGUGGAAUUUCUGAGCCUUCGGGCCUGAGUGCAGCUCUCAGGGCCCGUUUAAGCAAGCUGAUCAAUUCGGCCCCAGUCGUGCUUUUCAUGAAGGGAAAGGCCGACGAGCCGCGGUGUGGGUUUAGUCGUAAGGUGGUCGACAUACUUAGACAGGAGAAAGUCGAGUUUGAGAGUUUCGACAUUCUUUCGGACGAUGAAGUCCGUCAGGGGCUGAAAGUGUAUUCCAACUGGUCGAGCUACCCUCAGCUCUACAUAAAGGGGGAGCUCGUGGGAGGGUCGGACAUUGUGCUCGAGAUGCAGAAGAGUGGGGAGCUAAGGAAGGUUUUGGGGGAGAAGGGUAUUCCUUUUGGGGAGACUCUUGAGGAUCGGUUGAGAAAGUUGGUAAAUUCGUCGGAAGUGAUGUUGUUCAUGAAGGGUAGCCCGGAUGAGCCCAGGUGUGGGUUCAGCUCGAAGGUGGUGGGUGCUUUGAAGGAAGAGGGAGUGGAGUUUGGUUCAUUUGAUAUUCUGGGGGAUGAGGAGGUGAGGCAAGGGCUCAAGAGUUACUCGAAUUGGCCUACUUUCCCCCAGUUGUACUACAAAGGGGAGUUGGUUGGGGGCUGUGAUAUCGUGAUGGAGUUGCGCGGUAGUGGUGAGCUGAAGAGUACGUUGUCCGAGUGAUUAUUGCUUUUGCUUGUUGUUUCUGAAUUUGGCUUNUUGAUGUUUUCU